AAUAGUCGCAGCAUCAGUUGAAAUAUUCCCAGAGACUCUUUCAGUAGAAAUUUCAGUUCGAUAGAAAAGGUAUAGGAUGAUUCUCCCCGUGGCCCUCCUUUCUGCAUGUUUCCUAAUUUCUGCCUCCCUGGGAUCGGAAGUAGUACCGGAAGAAGAGGUUCCAACAACUCCACUCCCAAAUAUUAAUAAUCAGACGUCGUCGAAAACAGAAACCAUAGAUUUUCCAGAUCCUUGCUCACAAGGCCAUUAUGAUUAUUUAGUCCUCCGCGAAAUGCAACUACCAGGCUUAGACCCGUUCAAAGUAGUUUGUUUUUCACAUUUGGAUGAGGGGAUAUCUGGAUGGUUGAAUGUUUAUUAUAAUAGACAUUCUGACAAACCAAUAUUUAAUCGCACGUAUGAGGAUUAUGAACGUGGAUUCGGCAAUGUCGAUAUUAAUUAUUUCGAUGAGUUCUUCAUUGGACUCAAUCGGUUGCACCAUCUGACCAGUGGAAAGCCUUUUAAAGUGAUUUUAAACACCCAUCCGGGGACAAGAAUAUGCGACCACUUUGUUGUGGGCGAUCGUAGCGAAGGUUACAAGGUGAAAAAUAUUGGAAAUUGCACUGGAGAAGACGUAUGGAUCCUCCCUAAGCAGGGCACCAAAUUUUCCACCUUCGAUCAAGAUGAGGAUGGAGUUCCUGAUCGUAAUUUGGCGAAGGAAGAGGGCUAUGGCUGGUGGUUCGAUCCCAGUAUGAGGCCCGAAAGGUAUUCCAUAGGCGUGUACAUCAAAAGAACAGAUUGAAGAAAAAAAAAGCUCUUAAUCUUAAUAUGCACUAAAAUGUAAUUAUAUUAUAUUUCUAAUAUU